CAGAUUCCUGGAGGAAGAAAAGAGCAUAGUGCUGCACUUUCAGUCUAUCUUAAAGGAGAUCGGCCUUUCAUAAACACACUGAACAAAGCAAUAGAGACAAUGGGUGGAAAUGUUAGCAUCUAUGAAAACCACUUCCACUUCAAGUCUCUUCAUUUCCUGCUGAUGGACUCCAUGAGGCUGCUGAAGCCAAAGGAGUGCAAGAACUUUUAUGUUCUGCUAAGUGGUCAAAACCAACCACAGAAAGGCUCCACAGUGAGAUUUCCAAGUUUCACCUUAGCUCAUUCAAACUAUGAAGAGCCAAACAAUUAUUAUGAUCUGUUUGAGGACAUCAUUUUAAAUAUCAAAUCUUGUUUCUUUGUCAGUCUGGAAGAACACACUUGCACUAAAGCAGGGGAUACAUUUCUCUUAUCUCCAGCAGAGGUUUUCACUGUGGAUGGCGUAAAUAGCAAAACUGUGGAGGAUGGUGAAGAAUAUGUUGAGAUUGUUUUGAAACAUUCAGGACUGAAAAGCUCACACAACUGUUUUAUCUUUCCGAGGGUCUCAGGAGAACUGGAACCUUUCAUAACUGUCACAGAGAGAGAUAGGUCUCCUCCAGCUGUUGUCUCCACCCUGUGGCUUGCGUCAGUGCUUGCGGCCUUAUCUUUGUUUUCUUUAACUGUUUAGCAAAAACAGUUAUCAUUCAGAAUUUUAUCAUCUACAAUGCUGCUUGGUUUAUUCUUCCAGUUGUUUGGUACUUUGUCUGGCAGAUUGUGCUAUCUGCCAAAUAAGGUGUUGCAUUAGGCUACCAAAAUAUAAUCAAAUAUUGUUUUCUUUUUCUGUCAUAAUAAAAUUAUUGGCUGAAUUCAUGGAUAAUAUGCGUUAUAAUUUCAAUGAUUCUUGUUAAGCAUUGUGUGCCUUUAAAAGGAUGAUAAGAAACGAGAGAUGGGAAUAACUUGCAGCUUUUCCCAGCUGGAUUCAGACUGGGUAUUCUGGAGUUUAUGGUGGCACCUUUAACUCCCACAGCCGGAGUGUUUCCAGGAUUUUGUCAAUGGGCUGGCACGAGAAGACCAAGAACAAGGCAGAGUGGCACAUAGAAAAUCAGAACGUUUAUUAAAAAUUUAUAAAGGGAUGCAGAAAAUUGGCAUAAAAUACACUGGGUUCAAUUUUCAGGCUCCUGAGCACAGCCAAUACCGCCUAUCAAUGAACUGUGACUGUGAUAAAAAAACUGAAAUUUUCUAUCCAUAAAACUAAAUUCAACAUCAAUUUCUUUAUUGAACUUUCUCUCAACAUUAGUGAACUUCUUCACUUUUUACAUUUUCCUCAGUGACGAUUUUUCAGGGAGCGGAUUUUUACGAUAAACAUGCCGUCAGUGUGUUUCCUGAGUUAGUGAUUAUCUUCCUGCUUCUAAAGA